GGCGCUGAGGUGGGGGAUGAAGCCCUGGGGUGUCGGCACGAAGGAGGCGGUGAGGAGCCGGUGAGGAGGGCAAGAAGGCUUGGUGGUGGCGGGCUGGAGGCCCCCGCAGGCCGGCGGGAGGGGACGGCCCUUAACGGAUACUUGGUUAUUUUACCUAAGUUAAGUGAUGGAAACAUACACUAAAGAAAAAAAAUCACCUUUGGGUCUUUGGCAUUCACACUUGUGUGAAAGAAUCUAGGAUGUUCCAAGAAAAUGCAUCAGCCAAUUGCUCAAGCAUAAUAACAGCACAUAAUGAAGAUGGUGCUUUCCAAAUAAAAGGCCACAGUGCAAGAAUCCUUAGCCCAGAAGAAGCUGAGAGACUGGCAAAAGAUCGGGUUUUGGUGUCUGAGUUCAAACAACUGAAACUGGAGAAAGAAGCACAGAAGAACUGGGAUCUGUUUUACAAAAGAAACAGCACCAACUUCUUCAAAGACAGACAUUGGACAACCAGAGAGUUUCAAGAGUUAAAAGCAUGUCGGGAGUUUGCAGAUCAGAAACUGACCAUUCUGGAAGCAGGCUGUGGGGUUGGGAACUGCUUGUUUCCACUCUUAGAAGAAGAUCUGAAUAUUUUUGCAUAUGCCUGUGAUUUUUCUCCUAGAGCUGUUGAGUAUGUGAAGAAAAAUGCCUUAUACAGUACUGAAAGAUGCAAAGUGUUCCAGUGUGAUCUUACCAAAGAUGAUCUUCUGGAAAAUAUACCUGCAGAUUCUGUGGAUGUUGUCACACUUAUAUUUGUGCUUUCUGCCAUUCAUCCUGACAAAAUGCAUCUUGUCUUGAAGAACAUUUACAAGGUAUUAAAACCAGGCAAGUGUGUCUUGUUCAGAGACUAUGGACUGUAUGAUCAUGCAAUGCUCAGGUUUAAAUCUGGCAGCAAACUUGGAGAAAACUUCUAUGUCAGACAAGAUGGGACAAGAUCAUAUUUUUUUACUAAAGAGUUCUUGUCUCAGCUUUUCAAGGCUGAGGGAUAUGAGGAAGUGGUCAAUGAAUACGUGCAGCGAGAAACUGUGAAUAGGAAAGAAGACUUGCGUGUUCCAAGAGUUUUUCUUCAAAGCAAAUUUCAGAAGCCUUUCAGUAAGACAUAAGUUCUUGCUGAUUACCAACAGCAUUGCUUGUUUGAAAUGGAACUAGCAUGUAGUUUUUCCUUGUGUGUGCUCAUAUUUCUGGUAAACCAGAAGUGACUGUGUCCAGUUUUCAUUCUCAGAUAUGAAAUAUGAAUGCUAUUUCUAAAGGAAAUUUAAGGUGGUUUAGUGAUGCAGCCGGCCUGUUGAGUAUCUGUAUUCCAGCUUCUAAAGUAAAUCCUGUGCAGCAUUGCUGGAGAAUCAGGUAAAGCACACUAAAUAUGGUUAAUUUUAAGCACUAGUUUUCAUUAGUUAUUAUCAUAAUUGUUAUUUCCAUUUUUAUUAAAAACUAUUUUUAAAUAAGUA